AUGAAUGUUACUAGUAAUGGGUACUACUCUCAGCUGUACCUUAAACAGAGACAACAAGAAAUACAACAACAACAACAACAACAACAACAACAACAACAACAUUAUCAAUACUAUGCUCCAACUCCACAGGAAAUGUUCAGUCAUCAGGGUCGAAACCAAAAUAAAACUCAGCAACGGCGGGAGCCUUCUAUGAAUAUAAAUUCAUCAUCUGUAUCACCGUCAUUGAGACAACCCGUGAUGAAGAAUAUAAGACCACGACAGGUAUCACGUUCUUUGACCGAUCCUUCAUCUCAGAAAGAGUUUUCCACAAGCACACAAUCUUCUCCUGCUUCCUCUAAGCAAGUCGAGUAUGAGGUUGAUUCAAAUGAUCAACUCGAGGAAGAAAUAACUCCAGCACAACUCAAUUAUAUUCUGCAGCAAGCACAUAACCCACGGUACCAUCCACUUUCCUAUUCCUAUGAUGAUUUAAUGCAUCAGCCUCUACACCGACAACGCCACCACCACGACCGCCACCGCGACCGCCACCACGACUACCACCAGCAAGACGUACUAGCACCACCAGUACCAACAAGCUAUAGUUUGCUGCAUCAAGAGAUGUCUCAAAUGCCAAGAGUUCGAAGGAAAAACAAAAACAAUGACUAUUAUUUACAACAGCAGAGGAGGUAUGAUGUUGCAGAUACAUCAAUGAAACCCAAAAUAUAUACACACAAAACAUUUAGAGAUGUUUUCGAAGAUAAGGGCGAGAAUCAAGAGCGCUACAACCCCAUGGACUCUGUGUUUGAGAACCCAAGGCAAAACAAGGAGGUGAAUGAAGAUGGCAAGGAUACAUUGAAAAAAAGUUUUUUGAGCAACGUUAGGUUCAUGAAGGAUAAAUAUCACGAUUAUGAUUAUUAUGAGAACAGGAAAAAGAGUAAUACUGUGAAGGACGUGUUUGUAAAUCUGGUUAGCGAUGACGAUGACGAUGAUGAUGAUUAUGAUAAUGUAAAUGAAAACACGGUAGGAGAAGAUGUUGUUAACGCUGAAACAACCUUUGAAAACGGUGUCCCUAGAGCUGAUGGUAGUGGAGAACAAGGUGCAGCUAAAGCUAAAAAGGCUAAAAAAUUAAAACUUAAGCAUAUGUUGAAAAAAAGAUUAAAAAAAGCUAGUAAGGAACUAGGUAGAGAUUUUGACACAUAUGUUGAUGAAUCCAGGAGAAUAAAAACAGGUGCAGGAGCGGGAUUUGGAGCGGAAGCGGGAGCGGGAGCUACAGCGGGAACUGACCUGCUCACGGUUGAAGAGUUGCUUGAUAAUAAAGAGGAGAAUGAUUUGUCAGCGCCUUUUGCAAAAGCAGAGGUGAACAAUAAUCAGCAAGCACCGUUUGCUUUGGCUCCAUACGUCAACUAUAUUUGGUCAUGGAUGCCAUCAUAUCUGUAUGGUAAUACAGAGACAGUAGCAGCAGAUCCAGCAGAAGUAUCAAAGGAGCUCGUGAAGUCCCUGGAAUUAAACCCACCAGAAACUCCUCAACCAGUUGACGCCGUGGCCACAUUGACUCCUGCAAAGAACAAAGCAAGAAUCCAAAAAUUGAAAAACGGGUCCAGAACAUUGUUUGCUAAUUGGAACCAACCUGCAAUGAUGAUGUUUAAUGGGCAACUUGUUUCGCAACAACCAAUGCAAAAUAAACUUAAAACUAAUAAACGAAAACAACAUCUGCUGCUGCUGCAUCUGCUGCUGCGACGCAACCCAAGCGAUAUUGAUAACCAAUCCACCAUAACGUCUUCUGCGCCAAUGGAAUUUGUUGUUGAGUAUGACUCUGAAGAAGCGGAGGAUAUCGUAACAAUGUCGGAAGAGCUUUACUAUAAUCCCAUCACAAAGCAAUUGGAGCCGGAACCACCAACGUCUCAAUCCUCAAUGAUGUAUCCGCAACAACAAAACCCUAAUUUGUUACUCUUGUUGGACCCUCAAAGGCCAUUACAGAUAAUCAGCAACCUAAUGAGUCUUGUGAAAAAACUACAAAUCAUGAAAUUAAUUUUCUCACCAAUCGAUGUGAUUGGCGAGUUUUUCCCUCAUUUACAAACAGUGGUGAUUUUGUUAGAAUUGUGCUUGUUUAUAUGGAUUUUGUUUGAGUUGAGUCGAUUGAUUGAUGCAUUGUGUAUGAUGGUGAAGGCAUUCUGCGCUCCAAUGAUUGCUGUGGGGCGGUUCAUGAAUCGUAUUAUGUAA